CCUCAAGAAACUUAUAAACCCUUAAGGAUUCUUCUCCUCAAAUUUUGCAUACCCUAAAAACAUUCCGACGAAAACGUUUUCAAUGGAAAAGAUCGAGAAAUCCCCAAAAGAGGUUCUGGUUGACAUUGUGAAAUUGGCACAAAAGCGAGGAAUGAAAGGUAGUAAUGGAGGCUGGAAGGAUUUCUUGAGUGUUUAUGACAAGAAGGUUGGGAUUAGCUUGAGUGAUCCAGCAAGAAGGACCCCUGAAGCGUUGAUUGCUUUCCUGAAGACAUUUAGCAAUGAUGAGGAUUUGAAGUUUUUUGAUAAAGUGGUAGAAAAACAUGAUAGUGUGGAGCAUAUGGAGAAGAAAACGGAUAAAAUGUCCCCUGAACAGGAGCUGGUCUACAAGACCGUUGGUCAUCCACAAUACGCAUUAAGUUAUUCAUUUCCGUCACACGAGGAGGGGUGGUUGGUCACAAAGCAUAGAAAAAAGAAUAAGGCAAUGAGAUCUAAUGCAAUGGUAGCUGUUGAUUGUGAGAUGGUACUCUGUGAAGACGGGACUGAUGCUUUGGUUAGGGUUUGUGUUGUAGACCGUGAUUUACAGGUCAAACUUGAUGAACUCGUUAAACCCGAGAAAGCAGUUGCUGAUUAUAGAUCCAAUAUCACUGGGGUUGCUGCUAAAGACUUGGAAAAUGUUACUUGCUCUUUAGAAGAUGUACAGGAAUCCAUGAUGAAGUUGCUAGCAAGAGGAACCAUAUUGGUUGGGCAUAGUCUGAAUAAUGAUCUACAAGCACUCAAGGUAGAUCAUUCAAGAAUAAUUGACACUUCUCUUGUCUUCAAGUAUUGGAGUGGCUCCAAUUUCAGGAGACCGUCUCUGAAUGAUCUGUGUAAGUUGAUUUUAGGAUAUGAACUUCGGAAGGAAGGUGCUCCGCAUGAUUGUGUGGAGGAUGCACGUGCCGCAAUGAAACUUGUUCUUGCCAAAAUCGAAGGGGGAGUUGAUAACACUCUACCCUCAAAUCAGAACGAUGUACAUGAAACAGAGGCAAUGAAGUUACUUUGCCACCGCAUACCAAUCAACAUCCCUGGAGAAAAAUUACUUGAAGUUAUUCCAGGAGACUUCACCAUUGAAUCGAAGGCAAAUAAGAAAGCUGGAGGAGACAAGUAUUCGGCUUUUGCAGUUUUCAAGAACAAACAAGAGGCUGAUCAAGCGUUUGAGAAACUUGAAGGCGAUCAAGUUAAAGAUUCAUCUGGGCGUCCACAGAAGUUAAUUUCCUUCAAACUAGAUUCCGGUAUAGCUGGUAGUAUAUAUGUUCGGAAGAUGGUCGAAGAUAGUGAUAAUGUCCAAAUACCAUCAAAAAAGAGGGCAGCUGAAGAUGAUAUCCCAACUCAGCCCAAGAAGUUAAAGACAGAACCAAAAGAAACCAUCGAAUGCGAUCAUUGUGAUGGUUACUUGAAAGAAAUUGAAACCCUGAAGAAAAAACUAGGCGAACGAGAUCAAGAGAUAUCCACCUUACACAAGAUCAUAGUUUCUCAGGCAAGAAAACAAACUGGACUUUGACCGUCUUUUUUAGUGAGAAUCUAUUGGUCUUGGGAGUGAUAUAGUUUCUGGGAUUGAACCAGCAUAAAGGUUCCAGAUUUGGGUCCAAUGGUGCUGAAAACCAGCAUAAAGAUAUGAUGGAAGUGGUACUGAGUUGCUAGAAAUCAAGACUCCAAGAAAGAGCUGAUUGCCAUUAAUUUUGGAACCCUCUAAUUUCUAUUAGGGUUUUGUUUUUAAAAUUAUUUAUACAUAUGAGGAUAAUCAAGUGUAUUAUGAGCUUAUUACUAUGUGAAUCUGUAUCAAGCUGUAACAGGUCAUUGGAGAUGUAAAUCCAUGAAUUUUGGUGUUAUAUUU